CGGCCACGCACACCCUACUCCAAAUAUCGACAAGAUGAAAAACUACGCAACUGGAGUACCAAACAUGCCACGCUACGCUUUCCGAAUCGAUGAAAUAUGCGAAUCUGAUCAGGUUGCCCCUACAGUUACUACUGGCAGAGGUGAUUGGAUUCCUUCUGUUCAACAUGGAGCCAAUAAUUCUGUUCCUCACAACGUGGGCUCUCAAAAUGUGAGCUACAGAUGGUGGGUGUUUGACGGAACCCAGAUUCGCGAGAGUCCGGUAAAACCGCCGAACACACAGCCAUACCAGACAUAUUCUGUCUUCUACAACGGCGGGUUUGGGUUUUGGGUUCUCAAGGACGAUGCGACUAAUCCACGCCGUGAAGCGGCAUGGCAACCUCUGUGCUUUGAGCACAACCUUCAAGAUGGUUCUUCGUAUCUGUGCGAUUCGGCACAGCACCGUACAGUUGCGUGCCGAAAACACGGUCAACAUUGGUUGCAGAUGCUGCUGCCCGAUAUCCACUACAGAGGCGUGCCAUUUGUUCAUAGCCAAGCAUUGGGUGGUGGUCUCAAGGGAGAUUUGGCCUUAUUCCUCGCUCUUGUCGCCCUCGCCGCGGAGCCGACUCAGCUGCCAAACGUCUUGCCUCGUAUAUGCGUGAACGGAACUUGGCAACAACAGCUUGGCGUCGGCGUCAGCGAUGGUUGGCUCUCGAAAAGGGGCGUCGUCGUAUACGUCCAUACCUAUCCGCCAUGGACAAGCGCAGACCUCAGGAGGUAUGAGAGAUCAUAUACCUACUUUCGCUAA